AUGGAAUUAAAAUUAAAUACAUCUAGUCUCAAUUAGAAUUCUUAUAUAAAAUCAAGUUUAGCAAACAAUAAUUAGCAUGAUCACUCUCAAUUAUUUGUAAAUUUUACAAAAGCAUACCCUAUAAAAUAGAACCCUAAACCUUAUGAUCCAAAUUGUUUUAUUAAUUUUUUAUAAUAGGUUCCACUUAUUAAUACAAUGUGAUUGUAGAAGGGGUUAUAUUUGAUGUACUAGCUCCUUGUGAUUUAUUGAAUGAUUUCACGCCUGAAAAAAAAGAAAAAGAAGAAUGA